AUGGAAGAUGACAUUGGAUGGAGUUUGUCAAGUUUAAUGGAGUAUUAUAAUCCAGGUGUUGAUAAUAGUUAUAAUAAUAAGAAUAAUAAACAAAAAGAAAUAAAGGAUGACCUGUCGGAACAAGAACAAGAACAACAACAACAACAACAACAAAAUAAUAGUUAUAGAUAUAAUAAUAGUGACAAUGAUGAAGAGGAAAUUAUAAAGAGUCCAACACCACAUUCAAAGAGUUAUUACCAACAGUUUGAAUAUGAUGUUGAUGAUGAACCAAUUUAUAGAACUCCCACCCAAUUACCAAAAUUUGGCACAAAAUCGACUAUUUCAGAAUCAUAUUCAGCAUCGAUUGAGUCACCAAUACCAAUUUCAUUACCAAGACCUAUAUUAUCUCCAACCAAAAACUCACCAUCAAAGUCAUCAAAAUCAUCAAAAUCAACAAAAUCAACAAAAUCAUCGAAAUCAUCCUCCGAGAAACCAAAAGAUAAAGAAACUAAAACAACCACUACCACAACCACCACAACAACAACAGCAACAUCAGAACCAACACGAACAACAAAAAAACCAAAUAUAAAUUUAAAUCAACUUAAAAAUUAUGAAUCACCAGUUAUAACACAAAUUAAAAAAGAUUUUCCAUAUAUAGAGUUAAAUAAAGAGUUUUUAUAUUCAGAUUCAAAAGUGUUACCAAGUAAUUUUACAGAUAAAUAUUUGGACCAUUUAGAGGAUCAAAUUGAUUCUUUAUGGAGCAAAAUCAGUCCAAAAGAUAAAGGAAAUGAAAUAGAAUUAACUUCAUCAAUUAUGAAAACAUUAAUUUAUUAUUCAUCAAAAAAGUUAACAGAUAUUUUAGAUCAUAUGUUUUAUAAAGGUUCACUUACAAGAGAUUCAAACGGUAAUGAUAAUUCAUUUAAGAUUUUACCAAAGGAUGUAAUAGAGUCAUCAUUUGUAGCAGGAAUAGACAAUGACAUUAUUAAUAAAUCAAUUAUCGAAAUCAAUUCAAUAUUACCUCAAAAAGAAUUAACGAUACCAAUAGAUUACACAUUUAAAAUCAACCAAAAAUAUUAUAAACAUGAUAAAGAAAUAAAAAGAAAACUACAAAUCGAAAAUCAAUUUAGCACAAUUAGUAAUAUUGGACCAAAUAUAAAAACAAUUAGCGAGAGUGGGGUGGAUACUAGCAGUUUUAGUACUAAUAGUGGACCAAUAAAAUUAUCAAAAAGGAAAUUAGAUGAUUUAAAUGUUUUAAAUGAUUUAAGAAGUGCACUCGAUGACGACGAUGACAAUACAAAUAAAAAGAAAAAAAAUAAUACAGAGGAAAAAGAAAUAGGUGGUUUAACAUUGGAAGAAAAGCUUCAAAUUUUAAAGGAUGAGUUUGAGAAGAUUAAAUUGGAAAUAAAGAUUCAGAAGUAUAAAGAAAUUUUACCAGACUGGGAAAUCAGAGAAUAUCCAGAUCCAAAUCGUAAAAUUAUUUUCAUCACUCCAUAUAACGACAAGAGAUUUUAUUACCCCAGACAUGCACUAAAUUGGAAUAAAGAGAACAAAUACAAGCCCAAUGUAGAUAAUAUCGAUCAAUACCUUGAUUCAUUUUCAAAUGAUUUAAAUAAGAUUAUUUCUGAAAGAAGACAAGAGUUUAAUCAAAAGGUUAAAAAAGAAAAAAAAAGAUUAAAACAAGAGUUAUAUUUAGAAAAGCAAUCAUUGAGUUUAGAAAAAGAUUUAAAGAAAAAAAAGAAAACAAAAAAAAUAAAAUAA